GAAGCCAUCACCGACCCUCCGACCGGGACAAAACUCUAUAAGGACAGUUGGGACUUUGAUUUGUACGUGGAUGAACUGAACAGGGCCAUCACCGCUGAGAUAUUUAGACAUAAAAGCUGGAUCCAAUUUUAUUACACCUGGGCAGGGUUUAAAAACUACAAUCUGGUUGUUCGGGUAAAUAUUGUAGUCCAUAUAAAAGUCCUCACAGCUCUUACUGCUCUACUGCACAUCUACAAGCUGACUCCUGGGGUGGAUUCAUUAGUCGCUGACCGUUGCAAAAUGGUUGGUCUGUUGAAAAACACGUUUUUUUUGCAACAGAAACCGAUUACAGUUUACUCUUGGAACCAAACGGAAGCCGGAAUUUAUCCAAUAGAAACUCUCAUUUUCGUUGCAAAAUGUUUUCCGUUUGGAGUAAACGGUUUAGACCAAACUUUUUGUCUGCCUGCGACUUAUGAAUACACUCCUGGUUACUCCUGACUCGCAUUCAGUAGGCAGUAAAAACAUGUAACGAAAAUUAUCAUUAUUAUUGGACAAUCUAUUAAUAGACUAUCUCCAUUUUAUAACGUUUCUUGGUUUUGUACCGACUGAACGCGACCCAUUCCACUCACUUCCUCUCUCUCUGUAGAUCUUUGGAAUGUUUAAAACACUUAGGGACGCUCUCACGGACACAGAUUAAGCUUAUUCCUGGAUAAAUAAAUAAAAAGCUAAAUGGAGAAUCUCUAUCUGAAAUCAUUUUUGUUCCAGGACUAGGUUUCAUCUGUGUCCAGGAAACUGCCCCUUGGAGCAUCUUAUUUUGUCAGCUUGGACUAUGACCUCUGGUUCCAUUGCGCCAGGCAAGCUCAAUCAAUUUGAAAAAUUUAAAUACAUUUUUAACCCAAAUCUGGUGGGUUCGAGAGUUGAAAUUAGAAGGAUAUUUUACAAUUAUUCUCAUGCUUAUGCUACUUUCUUUUUAGAUUCUGGUUAUUCUUUAGAUUCUGGUUAUUCUUUAGAUUCUGGUUAUUCUUUAGAUUCUGAUCAUUCUUUAGAUUCUGGUCAUUCUUUAGAUUCUGGUAAUUCUUUAGAUUCUGAUCAUUCUUUAGAUUCUGGUUAUUGAUUCUGGUUAUUCUGGUUAUUUAUAUUCUAGUUAUCUGGUGUUUAUCAUAACUGCAGGUUAGUGAAUAAUGCAAAUUGUUUGAAUUCCAACAAAACAUAGCUUAACUGUUGUUUUUAUUAUGUAUUUAAGGUCAUUGAGACAGAUGAGGACUUCAAUCCGAUAGACAAUGGCUACAACUAUCUGGUGGACUUCAUGGAUCUCUCCUUCCCUACUCAGAGGCCUGCCAGAGAGCACCCUUAUGAGGAGGUGAGCAUGGCUACAUUACCUGCUCACCUAUAUACUAUUAAGUACACUGCACUCCACUUA